AUGGGUUGUGCUCUUGGCGCACUUGGCUGUUGUUGUGGUUCAGCAGCGUGUAGUCUUUGCUGUGCUUGCUGUCCGUCGACACGAAAUUCAUUGGUGACACGCUUAGCAUAUGGCGUACUUUUACUUGUCGGGAUGAUUACUUCAUGGAUUUUCUUGAUACCUGGUUUAGCGCAUACACUUGCGAAGAUUCCAGCACUGUGUAAAGGCGGGACAAUUAGCAAUCUGGAGAUCUUUGAAGGACAAAUUGAAUGUGACAAAAUUGUUGGUUAUUUAAGUGUAUAUCGUAUUCAAUUUUCUUUGGCAUGCUUUUUCUUUCUCAUGAUGAUUUUAAUGUUAUGUGUGAAACGAUCGAAAGAUCCGCGAAGUGCAAUUCAAAAUGGAUUUUGGUUUUGGAAAAUAUUAAUUAUCAUUGGUAUUUGUAUCGGAGCAUUUUUUAUUCCAAACCAAGGAUUUGCACCGACUCUGAUGGUAAUUGGAACAAUCUGCGGAUUUUUAUUCAUAUUAAUCCAAUUAAUCCUUAUCAUUGAUUUUGCCCAUAGCUGGAAUGAAAGUUGGGUUGCCAGGGGUGAAGAUGGUAGUAAAAAGCACUAUGUUGGCUUAAUAUUUUUUACUGCGUCAUUCUACAUCCUAUCGAUUGUUGCAGUCGUCCUUCUUUAUGUUUACUAUGCAUCAAAAGCAUCUUGCGGCUUGAAUAUAUUCUUCAUCACGAUCAAUUUGGUCUUAUGUAUUGUUGCUUCAGUUGUUUCGGUCUUACCAGUCGUUCAAAAUUACCAUUCGACUUCGGGUUUAUUGCAAUCAUCGUUUGUUACGUUGUAUGUGAUUUUCUUGACUUGGUCAGCGAUUACGAGUGAAAAGCCAGAUCCAAUAUGCAAUCCGUCAUGGUAUGGACUGGUUACGAAUCAAAAUUCGACUGCCAUUGAACCUAGUGGAAAUGGUUCGGUUGGCGUUUCAUCGAUUGUAGGAUUAGUCAUCUUCUUCGGGCUGAUUAUUUAUUCAGCCCUCACAAGUACAACUAAAUCAUCAGGUGGUAAACUAUUGGGUAUAUCGGGAAAUGAAGAAACUGGAGCGCCAAUCCCUGAUACUGAAGGUGGUCAAAGUUACGAUGAUGAAGAACAAUCGGUGGCAUAUAACUAUUCAUUAUUUCAUUUCAUGCUUUUCUUGGCAUCAUUCUAUGUGAUGAUGACAUUAACAAAUUGGCUGAAACCGACGAAUGAUGUUUAUAACUUUCGACAAAGCGAAGCAGCUGUUUGGGUGAAAAUAUGUUCAUCGUGGACAUGCUUAGUACUUUAUAUAUGGUCUGUUAUUGUCCCAUGUAUUUGCCGCGAUAGAGAUUUCUCGUGA